AUGUUUUUAAUAAUAGGAAGUAGCUCUUAAAGGAAUAUGCUAACUUUAUCUUAUUAGUCGGUUGCAACUGUAGAAAAGUCUAUGUAUUUAAUUAUAAACAAAAUAAAUCAGAAAUUGGUAUUAUAAUUCUUAUCUAAUCAAUAUCUUAAAUUAUGA